GAAGAAAGCCCCGCGGAGGGCGGCGAGCCCCCGGGCGUUGCCCCAUUGUUCGGGGCUGCGGGAGCCGCCGCCGGGCAGGUUUGUUGUGAAACAGUUGCAGUGUCAAUGAGAAAUUAGCAGCAAACCGCAUCCCACACGGGCUGGGUGGUGAGCUGGGGAGGAUGCAGUGCUCUGCUGCCUGCUUCUGAAGGUGCUGAGCUGUGAGUGCCCUGGGCAUGGAGGUGCCAUAUGUGCUGCUCUUAACUCGACUGGUGGCAGAAGUUGCCAGCAAAUCUGCUGAGAGCUCGGUUUCAGAACCAGAAUGCUGUGUGGAUAUGUUGGAUUCAAACAGUUCCUGUCCAGUAAGCAACCAGUGCAGUCCAGGUUGUUACAGGAGGUGGAACGAGGAUGGUAGCAGCAGCUGCAUUAAGUGCAGGAAUGAAUCCCUCCCUGUCUCUUCUGGUCCCAACCUGACUGAGUGCAGAAGUUCUGGUAGCAGAGGAAUGAGUUUCCAAAUGAAUAUAAGCACUGUAACUCCUUUCCUCCAGAACAUAGGGGGCCCAGAAGUGGCAGUGUCCCUCAUCCUGGGGACAUUUUUCAUCAGUUUGUUCCUGAUACUCUCUGUUGCUUCUUUCUUCUACCUCAAACGUGCCAAUAAACUUCCUGAUGUUUUCUACAGGAGGAACAAAGCAUCUGUUCUCCAGCCCAGUGAAACAGCAUCCAUGAUCCCUCCCCCAGCUUCCUCAGUUCGGAAGCCGCGGUACGUCAGGCGGGAGCGGUCGCUGGUGACAUCUACAUCUGCUGCCAUCAUCUCUUCUUCUGAAACCAGGGUCAGCAAUGUUUAACCUCCAGUCUUGACUCAAGACUCUGUACAUGUACCCAGUGUCCAAGAGACCUUUUGGUGAAGCCACUGAAGUGCCAGGAAAAGCCCUCCAGGAGCUGAGCUGCGUGGAAGCCAAACUGCCGUGUCCGAGCGGUCGUGCCAAACCCUCACAGAGAAAUGAACCCAGUGCAGAGAUGCUGGUGGCAGGUGACAGCCAGGCUACAUCUGGGCAUCUUUGCAGUUCUCUGUGGUCUCAUUUUCUCCUUCAGUUCAAAGCAGCAAAACCUUGCCAGAACCUGCCUUGCUUUGGUCCACUCUUGGAGCUUCGGCAAGUUCUCCUUCCUGUCUUGUGCUGUCUCCUGUGUCCCCGGACCUGAAGGGUCUGAGUGCUGCAAGGCAGCACCAAAUGCUGGGAUUCCUCGAGGGUGUGGACUUGCUGAGGGAGCCCUUUGGCAAUGCUAACACUAAGUGCCACUGCUUGAACCUCCCAGGACAGUACCACGAAUCAUGCAGUAACCUGAAGCAAAAAAUGAUGCCUCCUGGAGCAUCCUCUUCGGCCUGUGCCAGGUUUUUAACUGUGACUAGAGAGCCACUAUCCAGACACUCUUCUUGGUGCUUUCAAAGGCUGUGCUCACUAUGGGUCCAAUCCCAAAGGUGGGAAUCUUUCCUUUCUCCAGCUGGCUUUAGCUCAGUGCUUUGAUCAAGAGCCAUUUGCUGUGGCUUUGUUCGCUCUCUGUCCCACGAAGAUCCUCUCUGUAGCUUCCUGCCCUGAAAGGGAACCCAAAAUUCCACCAGGGUGGCUGUGUGAGCCCAGCACUGAGUACUGGGUGGGGGAACUGGAGAGGUCAGGGGAUUCCUGCCAAUGCAAUAAAGGGUUUCCUUUGCUCAAGCCCUCUAUUAACAGGCCUGACACCUGCAGGCCAGCACCUUAUGGCAGAGUCUUUCCUCGUUGAAAGUGCCCCCCUCCAUCUCUUGCCCAUCCUCUGCCAGCUGUGUGGCCCAGGAAUCACUUGAUCAGGAAAUUCAAGGAGCUGGGAAGUCCUAUUUUUGGCUAGGUUGUCACCAGCUGGGCUUUCACCCAUUCCUGUUGCUGGCAGGAGUUGACUGUUGCCAUGUGAACCCCUCCAUCAGCACGAUGGACAGAGUGGGAUGGGCAGAAAGAGUGGGGAAGAGCUGAAAAAAAACCUCAGCUUGCUAAAAUUGGGUGGAAGUGUCACUGUCACCAUGUGUGGAAUGCUAAACUAUGCAGCUUGCCUCUUCCCACCUACCUGUGUUGCUGUUGCCUCUUUUGGUGUAGCUGGCACUCCAGGAUGGGUCCCUGCUCCUGAAAUAAAUCCCUUGGAAGCUCUUCA